UCAUCUUGCAUACAGUGUUUAACCUGCGAGCCAUAACACAGUCCAUGGGGGGGAAGAUGGGGUUGUGGAUGCUUCUUCUUCUGCAUUUACACCUUGGUAAUGCUCCCUGGAUUGAAUGUGGGGAGGAAGUGGAAGGUUUAAAUGUGGUGUGUGAUUCCCUCCCCGCACCCUCCAACGUCUCAAUUUCCUCCUUCAACAUGGAGCACACACUCAGCUUCCUGCCAGGCCCCGGGACCCCCUCCAGCGCCCGCUUCUCUGUUGAAGUCUUCAGCUUCAGGAAGAACUUGUGGAAACCGGUGGUUAGUUGUUCGGCGCUGACGGCCAGACAGACGUGCAAUCUAACCCGAACGUUCAAGGACCCGUUAAAAAGCUACAGAGCCCGCGUCAGGGCCAUCGCACCCAACCAGACAUCCUACUGGACGAUGUCGCGGGAUUUCUACCCUCUAACAGACACUGUGUUGGGACCUCCCGAUGUGUCCGUGUCAGGGUGUGGGAACUGUUUGCUCCUGCAGCUCAAAAUUCCUCCAAGGAUGACCCAGCAGCUCCAGGACCUCUACAGAGACUUGAUCUUACAUGUGCAAAGGACCAGGGAUGGUGCGGAGUUCAGACUGAAUGUGCACUACGAAGAGGAGAUUGUGAUCGCGUACCUGCAGCCAGGCGUGGAGUACUGCGUGAGCGUCUCUGUAAAUAGGCCUACAUUCUUCGGGUCCAACAGCGUCUCCAGUAAACCCUACUGUGCCUUCACCAGCCCUCCUUCGCACUCAAGCUCACUGUAUGUGGUCUACUGCCUGCUGGGUGCGUGCAGCGUACUUGGCUGUCUCUUCAUUGGAUUCCUUGUCUACGGCAGUCGACUGAGCUUCAAAUUACUGAGACAACGCCUACCCAGAACCCUGGUAACAGAUCCAACUACCGGAACCAGCAAUGAGGUCAUACUUCCUCCUCCAAGUCCUGAAUUGUGGAAGAGCACCGCCUGAAUGCUUGGGUCAGAUCUCAGCCACGCAGCUGCAUAAAGAAGGCUCUGCUGACUGCCUUCUGACUGCCCACAGGCCUCUUAAACUGAAGAGGAGCAACUCUGAGGAAUGAGAGGAAGACUGUGGACUGCCAGUGAUGUAUUAAGUGUAAAGUGAUAGGAUGGAACUCGUCUAGGUGGAGUUGUUUUGGCUGACUGGUUUUGAGAAGACGAGGUAAUUGGGGGUAAAGUUUGUGAUUAAGAGUGACAUGUCUUUGUAAAUACUAAUAAUUCUAUUUCAUGCCAGUAUUUUUAUUGCUUCUGACUCUUCAUCUGUCUUUCUAAAUGAGUGUGAGGUUGUUGAAGUUACUGUCUGGUCAGCAGAGUUCAUGCAUUAGUUUGAAUGUUCUUACUGAAUGCACUUACAGUAUGUGUUGUAUUACUGUGUCCAUCCGGUUAUCCUAUGCCAAAUAAGCCAAGUGAUUUUGACUUUUUCUGUGAUUCUUUACUGAUAGGCUGUUUAUCUUGCAGUAAUCAGGCUGCUGGUGCCUUUGUUAGGGUGGUACACCACCCUGAUGGUAUCAAAAACCAACCCAGUCUCACACCAAAGCAUGUAAUAGAUCCACUAGAGGAUACUGUGUCAGUGUCGCCUUUUUCCUCGCCUAGUGCAUUAUAAAGAGCCACGUACACAGACACAGAACUUUCACCCAUCGGACUGCUGCUUGCACCCCUAAGCUAACUAAACUGUGACCUCAGCUUUGUUUUGAUGUUGCAUAUUUAUAAUGCUAAUUUGACCGCAGAGUGAGUCCCUGCUGAAGAUGUGACACUGCCACGGUGGGCCGGCGUGUGUAUGACACGCUUUGGCGUGAUACUGGGUUGCAUAAACAUCUGGUGGAUAAAGUACGGUGUGUGACUUCUUUUAACUUUACUGUAUGUGUGUUCUCAAAGUUAUAAACUGGAAAGAUUCUCUUUAAACAUUAAUGUGACGGUUCAUAAUCUUUUUACCAAUAAGGAAAACUUAAUAAACAAAGAUAGCUUGGAGAUUAUUGUAUUAUUAUCAGGGCUCUUGUGACCAUAGUUCAUCUUCUCCUAAUAAACUUUGGAUCAACCUGU